GGCGGUGCCCGGGUCCUGCGGGGCGGCACGGCGCCGCGGGCGGCAGGCUGGGAAUGGAGUGCAUAGUUUGGAUACCAGCAGUGGGACAUCUUACCAGAACAAAGCAUCCAUGGGACCAUUGUUAAUCAAUGACUUCUAAGUGCAGGAUUGGUGCUGUUGGAUUGGAAACAGGUGCUACAAGAUGCCAGGUGAGGUGACUGAGAGCAGCAGCGGGAUGGAGGAGACUGUGCAGAAAGACAGCAAGUCUGGAGGCCAGAGCCCUCGCUGUGGAACAAUGAGAAGGGCUGUGGCAACCACUGUCACCUUUGAUGGGGAAGCCACUAUGGACCGCAGGAAAAAGAAGAAGAAAGAGUCCCGGCCCGAGUCAAUAAUCGUGUAUCGGUCCGAGCAUGACAAUAAGGUGGAAGAAGAACAGGCAGAUGAAGAAGGAGGGGAGAAGAGCUCUGAGGAAGGCUCCAAGUUCCUGGGUCAGUCUAUGACAGAUGGUGUCUGGAACAUGCCUUUAGACAGCCGCUAUGUCACCUUGACUGGAACAAUCACCAGGGGCAAGAAGAAGGGUCAGAUGGUGGACAUCCAUGUCACCCUAACAGAUAAAGAGCUGCAGGAACUGGCUAAGUCAAAGGAACCUCCUAAAGAAGAUGUACCUGAGAAGAAGAAGAAAUGUGAUGUGGGGCUAGACAGAGGACCUCACAUUGUCCUCUGGACCAUCAUCUGCCUCCCCGUCAUUUUUGUAGUGUCCUUCGUGGUUUCAUUCUACUAUGGAACCAUUACAUGGUACAACAUCUUCUUGGUGUAUAAUGAAGAGAGGACCUUCUGGCACAAAAUCACCUUUUGUCCCUUUUUGAUUAUCUCCUACCCAAUUAUAAUUAUGGUUGUUUCUUUCUCCCUAGGCCUGUAUUCAGCUGUAGCCCAGGUAGCAUGGUCCUUUGGGUACUGGUGGCACGCUGUCAGGGAUAUGGAGAAAGGAUUCUGUGGCUGGCUCUGCAGCAAGCUGGGCUUGGAAGAUUGUUCUCCAUACAGCAUUGUUGAGCUACUUGAUUCUGACAAUAUCUCAGGUAGUCUCUCUGGCAAGAGCUCUGCACAGGGGGUUGACACCUCAGCAGUCUGAGCCUUUGUCCUGGGUGAUUAUUUUGGUCAUACACCAGUGUUCUCACCUAGAAAAUAACACACUGAUUUUUUUAAAAAAUAUACAUACAUAUUUAAACACAAACUUAAUGAAUAAAAUAUUGGGCUGAGAGUCCUCUUUAAAUGUCACAGAAUGCAAGAAUGCUAGCUUCACAUGCUCUGGGUGGGGAGGUGCAUGGCUUUCCAAGGAUUUGUCAUGUGUUGUAGCUAUUUACAGCUUCUGGGACUUGUAAGAAAAUCCAGGUCUGCAGGGCUCUGGCUGUUUGUGGAGUAGCAGAGACAUAUUAUGAAAAGUCCACUUCUGUCAAGGUAGACUUUACUUUUCAGCAAGAGGAAAUAGUAGUGACCUAUGACACAGUGAAAAGAAGUCUCUGCUCGGGGGAUGAACUUCAAGAGAUGGGAACCCAUUCAGAGGUGAAGGCUAAAUUGCAAAAUGUGUGAUGUUCCUGCAGUUUUCUUAGAAAGGUUCCUUUCCCAGUCCUUCCAACAAGAGCAGCUAACUUAGGCAGGCGAGGACAGCAUAGCUGCUAACAAAUCAAGUGAGUUCUGCUCUGACCUGAAACAGCCCCAUCCCACGAUGGAAGAGCAGAGCUUGCUUUGUAAUGUGGUGUGGGGGGACCUGAUGAGGCUGUCACCAAGAACCCUCAGGUGCUCAGAUAGGCGCUUGGAACACCUCUGCGCUGGAUCUCUUGUUAUGUGCACUGCUAGGGAGGAAUGAUCUACAGGAGUCAUUGUGCACUGCACUGUGUGCAGUGCAAACAGGUGUAUUUUAGGGAGGAAACACCUGCUCUAAGGAGGUGCCUGCUCCUAAGGAGGGGACAAUCCAUUUACAUCUCACUGCAAUGCAGGUGUGGACUUGCAGCACCUGGAUUUAGAGGUGGAGUUGAAGGCACUUAGGAUGCAAAGGGCUCUGAAACAAGUUAUUCUGGUUUUCAAGUUGCUCUUAUGGAAGAGCUGUUGGAUCUCCCCUUUCAGAACGGGGGAGUCCAGAAGUUCACAUCUAUCCGUGCCUCUGGAAAUCUGUGUCGCCUUCCCCACCCCAUCCCCCUUCCUGUUUAAUUACGUGGAAGAGCAAUGGAUCGUACGUCCUCCUCCCCUCAUGUCUCAUUUUUGUAAUGGGUUUCCCUCCCGUUUGGAUUUUUCAUGGCAUCAUAGCAGGCUCCCUGACCAGGCUGAGGUGGCCACCAUAGGCUGGAGAAAUUUUAAUUGUU